AUCUUGUCGGGUCACCUCAACGAACCCACUUGGCCUUCAAUAUCAAAAUCUCCAAUUCAAGUCGCCUUUGGGCGCAUCGACGCCGAAAUGGUCUACGACUGGGAAGACAAGCAAAAACUGUGCUAUCGCAUGUACAUUGAGGAGAACAAAUCCCUGGAGGAUAUCAUGGAGUAUAUGAAAGAGGAGCUCAAGUUUGCCCCAAGGUAUGCACCGCACCACCCUCGCAACCACACCCACACCCAAACCCAUUACCAGACCAGCACCCGUACUCUACCGUACAACUUGUACUAGCACUACGGACGACCAAACCAAAACCCAAACUCAUAUCAUGCCUUCACAGCAAACGUGCGUUCCAAACCCAGUUCAAGCGCUGGAACUUCCCCUCCAAGCAACACCCCGCUCACAAGAAUGCCGCCUUGGUUCAACGCGUUAAGGAGCUAUGGGACGUCAACACCUCUCAACGCGAGAUGCUGCGCAUCCUCAACGAAGAGGGAUACGACAUCAAGGAGCGCGAAUUGAUGCGGGUACGAGGUAAGAAUCGAUGGCUGCUCCGAGAAGCCAAUGGCAACCAGGCGAAGAAGCGCGACUCCGAUAACAUCUUGGUCGAUCAGCUUUCGCAAGCUCUCUAUCCCGAUGCACAGAUGGAAGACGCGGAAGGCGAGGAUGAGGCCGAGCCCGAGGCCGAUGAACCCAUGGAAGAUAUGACAAUCGUAGCGCCCCGUUCGAAGUCUCGUCGAGCCGACUCCCCUCCAUUGAGCCCCGAGGUUCUGGCAAAGCGACAAGAGCGACUUGAAAAGCUUCAAGCUGAGUCUGCUGAGCGAUGGGCCACUCGAAAGCGUCGUCGUCGUACUCGAGGCUGGGCUGGUUUGCCUGCUGAUCCACCUGGACCCCCGCGAUUCCCCUCCGAAACCACCAUUGAUGAGAGCAAGGCUUUCUUGAAUUUGGACAGUCAUCUCUACAAGGACAUUCGCACUCGGUUCCAAAGAAUCUGUGAGGAAGCGGAUAUCAUCAAGAAGACGAUAGCUGGCCCAGAACGAUGGGAGGCUGCAAAGGACCGACUGAUUCAGGAGAGUGAGCACCUGCAAAGCGUUUUCUGGACACCUGAUGAGAGCCAUGAGGCGAAGAAGUUGGCGCUUGAUGUAGUAUGCAGCGACGUAACCAAGAGAAUGAGAACUUUGGAGCGGCGCAUGACGAUUGCAGAAGCGAAGAACGCCCUGGGAAUCAAUCCGGAAGAAUCCCGUCAGCUUCGAAAUGCUUUCUACCAAGUCUUGAAGGCCGAUCAUUUCACUAGCAAACUUGAGGCCGGCGAAGAACAUUGGAAAGAACUAAAAGCCCGAUGGAUUGCUAAUUCGACUCUUCUGCAACAAAUACUUGCUCCAGGUGAUGCAGAUCCCAAGCAUGCCGUGAAGGUCAAGGCGAUGGAGGUAUUGUGCAGAGAUGUCAUGAAGCGUUUACGAGAUGAUCAAACUAAAAGAGACCCGACCAGAAAGAAGAAGUAUGACACCAAAAUUACUGCGGCAGAACCGCCAUCCCCAACCGACAACAUGAACCCGUAUGAAGAGAGCCAUGAUCAACAUGAUCAAGAUGAGAAUAGCUUCCAUGUCAGUACCCAUGCUGCUCUGAUUCAAGCGGCAUCACAGGCACAGGCAGCUUCAAUUCCAAUAGCGACGCCAAUCCCACCAUCCAUGGCUCCUCCUCGAGCUUUGGCUGGUAUGCAACAUGCACAAGGACAUAUUCGCCCUCAACCACUCUCGCACCCAGCCCAACACAACCAAAAUUUAGUUAACCACAACAGCAUGCAAAUUGACCCAUCCCUUCUUCUUGCGGCUGCAAAUGAUCCGGGACUUAUGAACCGUGGUGGUAUGCAAAACCAUUCCAUGCCCAACCAAUUUUCCGACUAUAGUGAACCACAAUUCGUUGCUCAAGCAGCUCAACAGACAUAUCAUGCUCCAGCUUCAAUCCCGUUCUACUUCCGGCUGCAUCCAGCUUCGGAUGUUCGAACCAGCACACCAAUAUGGCUAAGUGGAUUGAGUUCUGUUUCCGUUGAUGGACUUCGACAAUUGGCGACGGUCAAAUUUCCUGGAACUAUCGCUUUACGUAUUGAAGGGAUUAUCAAGCAACCCAACGGACAAGAAUCGACUAUCUUAAUUGACCAGGAUGACGAAUUAGGUGCUUAUUUUGCAGCUGGAGGCGUGAAGCCGACUUUCGCUGUACAACUUGUUAAUGCAUGGAAGGAUUAGACUUGGAGUUAAAGGUGUUUAGGAGCAUUUGUUUUCUUAUUUAUUUAUUCAUUCCCUGGGGAACUAGGCUGAAGUUAUUUGGCGUUUGGAGUUGGGACUUCGGUCAUGGGUCCUUAAUCAUGUAUCCUUUGAAGAUACAGCAUUUUACAUUAUAAGGACGGUGAUUCUUUUAGUUGAUACUGUAUGUACUUGUAAAUUAUGAUGAAGAACAGCAGUUUCCAUGAUGAAUUGAAAUGGAUUCGUGAA